GUGAAAGUGGUCACUGACAACAAGUUUUGUUUAUUGUUUUAGUUCUUAUCAGCCACAAUAUUCAGAAAUGUAUAAACUUUGGCUACCACAAGUGUUUGUAUUCUGCAUUGUCAUAUCCGAAAUUAGGAGUUUGAACUCAGUAUGGCAUUGGAAGUGCGAAGAAGGCUUCUGCCAGAAAAAGAUGAUAACAUCCGAUAACCAAACAGCCCUAAGCUUACCGGCAUGUCGGCUUUUCUGCAACAAACACGCAGGCCUAUGGCCGAAACCUACCGGCGACCUCAAAAUCGGCAACUUCUUGGUCAAAAUCAACCUAAACAGCAUAGAUAUCAUCGGUGGAAGAGCUGACAGCCCAAUGUUUGGACUCCGAACAGCAGCUGGCAAGAGAUUCAGGCAGGCCAUUGCGGAAUUGAUUCCGCCAAAUGUAUAUGCCUCCGGCGGAAAAACAUUGAACAUAAAUCUCGACGUUAAGGAUGAAAGUCAGAACCGUCUAACGCUCGAAACCGAUGAAAGUUAUGCUUUAAAAGUGUCUGAAAGUAGUGAUGGAAGAAUGACUGUGCUGAUUACAGCUCAAACCUAUUUCGGUGCCAGACACGGUUUGGAAACUUUAAGCCAACUGAUUAUCUUCGACGAUUUACGGGAUGAAUUGCAAAUACCAAGGGACGUUUACAUAGUGGACAAACCUGCUUAUCCGUACAGAGGAAUUUUACUUGACACCUCGAGGAAUUUCGUUACAGUUAAAGCCAUAAAGAAAACCAUAAGAGCCAUGGGUGCUUCCAAGUUAAACACCUUCCAUUGGCAUAUCACCGACUCACACAGCUUUCCGUACGUCUCGAAAUCAAGACCCGAGUUAUCAAAGUAUGGAGCGUACACGCCGAGCAAAAUUUACACUCCAAAAGACGUGGAAGAAAUUAUUCAGUAUGGUUUGGAACAUGGUGUAAGAGUUCUCCCCGAAUUUGAUGCUCCAGCGCACGUUGGCGAAGGCUGGCAAAAAUCUGGACUAGUAACAUGUUUCAACUGGCAACCAUGGCAGGAUUAUUGCGUUGAACCACCUUGCGGACAAUUUGAUCCAACCAAAACUGAACUAUACAACGUUAUUAGUGAUAUCUAUGGAGAUAUGUUCGACCAGUUCAAACCGGACAUUUUCCACAUGGGUGGAGAUGAAGUGAACUUCAACUGUUGGAACAGCACCAAAAGCAUUGUGGACUGGAUGCAAAACGAGAAAAAGUGGGGCCGUUCCGAGGCCGAUUUCAUCAAACUAUGGGACCACUUCCAAAGUCAGGCUUUGGAAAAGGUCUACGAGAAAGCCGGUAAACAAAUUCCUGUUAUAAUGUGGACCAGCCACUUAACGCACAAAGAGUAUGUUAAAUUUUUGCCGAAGGAUAAAUAUAUCAUCCAGAUUUGGACCAAAGGGGACGACGAGCAAGUUUCAAAUUUACUGGAAAAUGGUUACAAGUUAAUUUUGAGUAAUUAUGAGGCUUUGUACUUUGAUUGCGGGUUUUCCGGAUGGGUUACUGAUGGAAAUAAUUGGUGCUCUCCUUAUAUUGGAUGGCAGAAGGUAUACGAGAAUACACCUGGCAAAAUUGCAAAGGAAAGAAAACAUCAAAUCCUUGGCGAAGAAGCCACCCUAUGGACCGAACAGGUGGACUCGACUUCAAUCGACAGUAGGCUCUGGCCAAGGGCUGCCGCAAUGGCCGAGGUGCUUUGGUCAGAGCCUACUACAACCUGGAGGGACGCCGAGCCCAGGCUUCUUGUCCACAGAGAAAGACUCGUCACUAAAGGCAUAGACGCAGACGCCAUGGAACCGGAAUGGUGUCUUCAUAACGAAGAGAAUUGCCCGAUUGGUGGACACUUCAACAAAGACAACGUUCCAAAGUAGUUUUAAGUUUUUUAUUGUAUUUAAUAAAAAUAUUUUAACGU